GAGAAGAUCGCAAAUAUCAAGAUCAUAGAAAGAUCAGGAAAUAUCUCAUCAGUUAGUCAGUCUGUAGCUAUCAACCUUUUACGAGCCAUUGGACCCGUUGUGGAGUUUCUACCUGGUCUGGUCGCCAGCCAAGCUGGAGAAGAGGCGCGUCCCGUGAUUGGCCCGCGGCGGAGGGAAAGGGGGAAACACGAACUGUCUUUCCUCACAUCCCCCCCCUACUACUACUGAACCACUACUACUUCUCCGUCCAGAUCGAACCUCAGGAGAGUUUCAUCCUCACGCUCUUCUUUGUGAAUUCCCUUGCUGCAAAGCACUUUCUUCCCUCCUGCAUCUUGUCCCCUUUCCUUUCCAUACCUAGCCCACCAUGUCGUCGGCUCUCAACGCGAUGAAGAUUCGCCGCAAGAAGAAUGUCAAGAAGGGAAUUCAGUUCUGUUUGAUGGUGUGCGGUGCCAGCGGAACUGGUCGCACAACCUUCGUCAACACUCUCUGCGGAAAGAAGGUGCUGGAGGGCAAGGAGGCCGAUGAUGCAGAGCAUGCCCACAUCGAGGAGGGCGUUCGCAUCAAGCCCGUGACUGUCGAGCUCGAGCUGGAUGAAGAAGGCACUCGCAUCUCCCUAACCAUUGUUGAUACCCCCGGAUUCGGUGACCAGAUUGACAACGAGGCGAGCUUCGGCGAGAUUGUUGGCUACCUCGAGCGCCAAUACGAUGAUAUUCUUGCAGAGGAGUCGCGCAUUAAGCGUAACCCCCGUUUCAGGGACAACCGUGUGCAUGUUUUGCUCUACUUCAUCACACCUACCGGCCACGGUCUCCGCGAACUCGAUAUCGAAUUGAUGAAGCGCCUGUCCCCCCGUGUCAACGUUAUCCCCGUCAUCGGCAAGGCCGACUCCCUCACCCCCGCAGAAUUGGCCGAGUCCAAGAAGUUGAUCAUGGAGGACAUUGAACACUACCGCAUCCCCGUCUACAACUUCCCCUACGACAUUGAGGAGGACGAUGAGGACACUGUUGAGGAGAACGCUGAGCUCCGUGGACUAAUGCCUUUUGCCAUCGUUGGCUCCGAGGACUUUGUUGAGAUUGAUAACCGGAAAGUACGCGCCCGACAGUACCCAUGGGGUGUGGUCGAGGUUGAGAACCCCCGGCACUCCGACUUCCUGGCCAUUCGCAGCGCCCUCCUCCACAGCCACUUGGCUGAUCUGAAGGAAAUCACUCACGACUUCCUCUACGAGAACUACCGUACUGAGAAGCUCAGCAAGAGCGUGGACGGAAUUUCUUCUGGCAUCGACUCUUCUAUGAACCCCGAGGACCUUGCCUCCCAGUCCGUCCGCCUCAAGGAGGAGCAGCUCCGCCGCGAGGAGGAGAAGCUCCGCGAGAUCGAGCUCAAGGUGCAGCGCGAGAUUGCCGAGAAGCGACAGGAGCUGUUGGCCCGCGAGAGCCAGCUCAGAGAGAUCGAGGCUCGCAUGGCGCGCGAGGCCAGCCAGAACAAUGUCGUCAGCGAGCCUGCCAAUGGGGAGGCUUAGAUUUACUCUGUCGUCGAUGCGGCUCAUUCAGCGGGGCGCCGGUUCGCAAUGUGAUACCGUUUGUGCCAACUCAUGGACUUCGUGGCACGAAGUUGGUUUCUGUUUAUGGGGAUAAUAUUGACUGUUUAUUCACGUUAAUUUUUUUUUUUUUUCUUCUUUUUCUUUUUAUUUCUUCCGCGGGUGUCUCUACGGAGAUGGACAAGAUUCCCAACAUAGAAUGCAACCUUCCGGCUAUUCGACGACGAGCACCGAAGUUCUCCAAUUUUGCUUCGGUUGGAGGAGGGAAAAAGAGCGCAUGCCAAUUGAUCGUGAUGUGACAUCUGGCUGUCAAUUGCUCCACCCCAUCUCAACCUUUCGCCUAAUGGCUCUUAUCUCGUCCCUCGAUCCGGGAACGAAGGCAUAAGAACGGUCCUUUUAUUUCGCAUUUCAUUUUCCCAAUGUUUUAAUCGUCCAUUUGUUCGGGGGCUUCUAUUUUCCUGCAUAUCCUGUUUUCUUAUUCCCCCCGUUCCAUUCCCUCCUAUCUUGAUCGAUCCCUCUCCGGCUUCUCCUCUCUUGUUUCCGUUUCCUCCCUGGCACCUUGUCCAAAGUCCGCAGCGCAGCAAGAUUCCCUCUUCUCUUUUGUUGUUUUGUGAUUUGGUCCAGUCUCGUGUCUAUCCUUUUUUUCGCUGUCUUCCUAGCUCGAUAGUAAACGAGGAAGAAAAAGUAUCUUGGCCUCUUGUUCUUUUAGUAUACAGUUACCUUACAUAAUGGGUGAGGCCGUUGCCCUCU